AUGUUGAUCCACGUGGCCUCCACCAGUGGUACUUUCUCCUCACCAGUAGCUGUCCAGCGACGGUGUCUAUCGUGGUUGGGCAAACAGAAGAGCAAGGCUCGGAAUUUGGCAUUACAUCAACACAAUCAAUGGAUGACUGAGCUGCAGGCGGCUAAUGAGGCUGACAAACAGAUAUGGAUGGUGGACAAACAGCUAAGGUCACCGAGGCAACGAAUAGAAACCAAGUUUCGAUACUCCUCCCCGCAUAAGCAGAAGUCUCAACAGCAGGGAGAAGUCCCAACGGGGGUAUGGGCGGACGAGGAUGAUGAAAAUCUGACGAGCCUAGAGGAGCUCAUCAAACCUACGUAUCGGGGACCUGUUUGCAACGUCCCUGUCGAACCGUUCGGGAGCAUCACGGUUCAGCACGGUAGCAUCUUCGAAUGGCAAGGAGAUUGUCUGAUUUUGCCGAUGUCACCGAAUAUCAUGCCUUAUAGAGGCUUGCCACUCGAGGCCUUAGAAAGAGGUGGUCGCGAUCUCAUCAAAGAUGUUUUUGGAUUUGUCCGAUCGGACGAGUCCCUUCGGGAGCAAAUAGAGCCUCCUGAUCUCGGCCCGACGGUGAAGGCCAACUUCAAUUCAGGUCUACCGGUCGGAACAGUUAUACCGGCGCCGGCUCACGGUAUCAACAACGUAGCGGCAGUAUUCUUCGUAGUUAUGCCAUAUUUUUGGCAAGGGUCAAGUACAGAUGCUGAGAGACGGUUUAGAUAUGCGAUCCGAUCAGCCUUGGAAUAUGUGUCGUCUCACGCCGAGAUCAGAUCAGUUGCCAUCCCUCAUUUGGGCCGGGGGAUCUUUGGGUUUGCCGAUCAUAAAGGCUCGAUGGGUCCAACGAUGAUUAUGGCAGAGGAGGCCUUCGAUGCUAUACUAUGCCGAGAUCGUACUAGUAAUAUCAACUACUCACUGCAGAAUGUGACACUCAUCGAUAUCGACAACGACGUGGUGGAGAUGAUGCGAGAUAGUUUAUUAAUGGUCGCCGAACGGACCUUUCCUGAUAAGCAAGUGGAGCCUGCUGCACUACAUCAGGGAAAGCUGGCCAGGCGGCUCAUUAUGAUGCACGAUAUGCAUGAGCUUAAUCUAACUAGAAAACGCGAUAAAUACAAAUUUAAGAAGUACUCGGGUGUCAUCCGGAACAGGGCGGACCAUUGGCGUGCUAAUAUUAUGCCGUGGGUGUGGAGAUCACAGAAAGUUAAUAUACCACCACCUUUGAUGGUUCGGAAGAAGACUGGUACGCCUCCAGGCAUUGGAGAGGACACGAGUUCACGACUUCAACCUAGAGGGCGACCACACUAUUAUACGAACGUCAGUCACUGGCUCUUCCCCACUGACACACAGUCGGGCUUUAAGAGCAUACGGAGAACAGCUGGUGGACGAUGGGUUGGACAGUCUCCUGGCAUGCCCAAGACGCAAGACAUGGUUAAACCUCGAGCUUAG